UCUCUAUCCAGAAGCUAUACCUCAUCAUCGUCUGGUAUAACACUGGCACCAAUAAAUGGGAAUGGAUUUGUUGGACCGACAACCUAUGACAUUGAAGUGAAUUUAAUAAGUUGAGAAUGUUUUAAUUGAGUUUGUUAUAGACUUCAAUGGCUAACAAGUUCAACAAGAAGAUUAUCAGUACUCGUGGGUAUAUAUUAGGAGCUAGAACAGCGCGUAGAAUGAAUAAUCACUUAUGUAAUUCAGAUUUUCCAGAUCCAGGAGCUUAUCAAGAUUUUGUGAACAAAUCUUUGUCGGUCAAACCAAAUAAAAUACCAUUUAAUCAGUCCACACGUAGAACAGAUAAAUCACUAAUCGGUGCAUCAACUGUUGGUGUUGGUACCUAUAAUGUAACUAAACAAUUAGCUCAACAUAUACAAUGGCAAAUGGAUACCAUGUUACAUCCUGUGAAUCUGCCUAAAAUUCAAUACAAUAGUACAAUAUUAAUGAAUACAGAUAAACUUAAUACAACGACUGAAUGUAAACGAUAUCAAAGAAAAUUAGCAUAUUUAAAAUUAUAUUAUAAUUAAAUGGAAUGAUUCAAACAAUUAGCUACCAUUUGAAUGACGAAGGAGAAGAAGAAGUAAAAGGAAACUAGUAAAUGUCAUUCUGUACAGCUAUUCUGUAUAACUAUGGUGUUACCAAGAAUAAAG